UCUGCAAGAGAGAUCAGACCUUUCUUUGGCUUCACAACUGUCGGUCGUUCUUAUCGGUUUCUCUACAAUCAGUUUCCCGUCCGUAUUUCGUGAUUCUACAAACAACCAACUCCGAAAUGAUGCUCAAGACAAUGUCGAUAUCUUUCUUUUUGGUGGCCCUUCUGGCUGCCCACGGAUUGGCCAGUCCAGCCAUCACCAAAGAGUCUCUGAGGAGUAAACUGACUCCGUCCAUGACCUUGGUGUUCCAGUCGCUCCAUAAAGCCGCCGCCGCUAUCAAGGAUUCUGAGAAGGAACGAGUGGAAUCGGACCCUACCAACAUUCAGGAAGGACGACAGGAGGAUAUCGUGACCGAUAUCACCAAGGACAAGAGUGUGAUGCCAUUCAUGGCCGUUCGAAAACAAACUUUAGACUGGUCAGUGGCCAAUCCGGUCGGAGUUUUCGGUGACAAUGAAUCUGGUCGAUUGCCGCACAUCGCCACGGUGCCCAUUGUUGCACUUUGAAAAUUUCCCAGUUCAAAUGAAAUUAUCCGCCCCCCUCUUUCAUAAUCACCUGUCGAUUCGUAACCUUAUAACAAACCGCAUAGUUAUUGUAAUAUCUAUUUUUAUGUAAUAAUAAAAAAUCUACGUACAA